GUGGACGUUGUAACGGACUCACUUUAUAAUUAGAAAUUAUGUUCCAGUGCACUGCAAUGUUUGUGUUUAUUCUUAGCGUUGCUGGACUCAUUCCUAGUGUGCUACCGGAGACCUGUUUCUACCAGCGUUGUCUGGGUUGCUACCCAGGGCAGACAGUAGCACCAGGUCACCGAGUGGAAUGUCAGCCUUCUAACUGGGUGUCAGCUACUUGGGUGCAUAACUAUGGGCAUCCACCGCCGAGCACUGAUUCUAAGAUACCUAUCGAGUACCGAUGCUUGAAGAUGGUGGCUACACCUGAUGAUAAGACAUUUGGCAACACAGUGGAUACUCUCCGAGGGUGUGUACCUCGAGCGCAAGUUGACUCAGUCUGUCUUGGUCUGCUUGCUGUAGAAAGAGCACGUGGCCAUAGUGAUGCCCGUUGCUUUAUCUGCAACGGCAACGACUGCAACUCAGCAACACACACAACUAUAUCUUUACCAGCAACGAUAGCAACAGCGCUACUGUAUUUCAUCCUAAGGUGAAAUAAAUAAAACAAAUUUUAGUAAACAGUUUUAAUUUAAU